UGUAAGAGACCAGGAAUUGUUGCAAACCACCACUCAAGGAGCCAGGGCUGAAACCAGUGUGGAUUCUGCAAAUAAGGCUGCUUGUGAGUUUUCUGAGAAGGACAUAGCAAAUAUUGAACAUCAUCAAUCCAGUAAUAAAGAUUUGAACAUCAUUGAGAAGCAUGCAACUGAGAGGCAUCCAGAAAAGUAUCAGGGUAUUUCUGUUUCAAACUUGCAUGUGGAGCCAUGUGGCACAAAUACUCGUGCCAGCUCAUUACAGCAUGAGAACAGCAGUUUAUUACUCACUAAAGACAGAAUGAAUGUAGAAAAGGCUGAAUUCUGUAAUAAAAGCAAACAGCCUGGCUUAGCAAGGAGCCAACAGAGCAGAUGGGCUAAAAGUAAGGAAACCUGUAACGAUAGGCAAACUCUCAGCACAGAGAAAAAGGUAGAUCUGAAUGUUGAUCCCCUAUAUGAGAAAAAAGAACCAAGUAAGCAGAAACCUCCAUGCUCUGAGAAUUCUAGAGAUACUCAAGAUGUUCCUUGGAUAACACGAAAUAGCAGCAUUCGGAAAGUUAAUGAGUGGUUUUCCAGAAGUGACGAAAUGUUAACUUCUGACGACUCAUAUGAUGGGGGUUCUGAGUCAAAUGCUAAAGUAGCUGGUGUAUUAGAAAUUCCAAAUGAAGUAGAUGGAUUUUCUGGUUCUUCAGAGAAAAUAGACUUGUUGGCCACUGACCCACAUAAUGCUUUAAUUUUUAAACGUGAAAGAAUCUGCUCCAAAGCAGUUGAGAGUAAUAUUGAAGAUAAAAUAUUUGGGAAAACCUAUCGGAGGAAGGCGAGCCUCCCUAACUUGAGCCAUGUAACUGAAAAUCUAAUUAUAGGAGCAUUUGCCGCAGAACCACAAAUAACACAAGAGUGUCCCCUCACAAAUAAAUUAAAGCGUAAAAGGAGAACUACAUCAUGCCUUCAUCCUGAGGAUUUUAUCAAGAAAGCAGAUUUGGCAGUUGUUCAAAAGACUCCUGAAAAAAUAAAUCAGGGAACUGACCAAAUGGAACAGAAUGAUCAAGUAAUGAAUAUUACUAAUAGUGGCCAAGAGAAUGAAACAAAAGUUGAUUAUGUUCAGAAAGAGAAAAAUGCUAACCCAAUAGAAUCAUUGGAAAAAGAGUCUGCUUUCAGAACUAAAGCUGAACCUAUAAGCAGCAGUAUAAGCAAUAUGGAACUAGAAUUAAAUAUCCACAAUUCAAAAGCACCUACGAAAAAUAGGCUGAGGAGGAAGUCCUCUACUAAGCAUAUUCAUGCGCUUAAACUAGCAGUAAAUAGAAAUACAAGUCCACCUCAUCACAUUGAAUUACAAAUUGAUAGUUUUACUAGCAGUGAAGAAAUAAAGACAGGAAAUUCCAACCAAAUGCCAGUCGGGCAUGGCAAAAAGCUUCAACUCAUGGAAGAUACAGAACCUGCAACUGAAGUCAAGAAGAGUAACCAGCCAAAUGAACAAAUAAUUAAAAGAUAUACCAAUGAUGUUUUCCCAGGACCAAAGUUAACAGGCAUAUCUGGUCUUUUUACUAACUGCUCAAGUUCUAGUAAAGUUAAAGAAUUUGUUGAUCCUAACCUUCAGAAAGAAGGAACAGAAGAGAACAUAGAAAUAAUUCAAAGGUCUAAUAAUACCAAAGACCCCAAAGAUGUGCUAAGUGGAGAAAGGGGUUUGCAAACUGAAAGAUCUGCAGAAAGUACCAGUAUUUCAUUGGUACCUGAUACUGAUUAUGGCACUCAGGACAGUAUCUCAUUACUGGAAGCUAACACUUUUGGAAAAGCAAGAACAGCAUCAAAUCAACAUGUUACUCAGUAUGUGGCAAUCGAAAACCCCAAGGAAUUUAUCCAUGAUCAUCCUAAAGAUACUAGAAACGACACAGGGGGUUUCAAGAAUUCAUUGAGACACGAUGUUAACCACAUUCAGGAGAUAAAUGUAGAAAUGGAAGAAAGUGAACUUGAUACUCAGUAUUUAGAGAAUACAUUCCAAGUUUCAAAGCGUCAGUCAUUUGCUCUGUUUUCAAAUCCAGGAAAUCAAGAAAAGGAAUGUGCAGCUGUCUAUGUUCCCUCCCAAACCUUACAGAAACAAAGCACAGAAGUCAAUCUUGAAUGUGAGCAAAAAGACAAAAAUUGGGGAAAUAAAGAGUCUAAAAUUCCGCAUGUCCAGGCAAUUAAUGCCACUAUGGGCUUCCCUGUGGUUUGUCAGAAAAAUAAGCCAGGUGAUGAUGCCAAAUGUAAUAUUACAGAAGUCUCUAGAAUUUGUCCUUCAUUUCCGUUCAGAGGCAGUGAAACUAAACUUAUUACUGCAUAUAAACAUGGAAUUUUACAAAACCCAUAUCAUAUGCCAUCAGUUUCUCCCAUCAGGUCAUCUGUUAACACUAAAUGUAAGAAAAUAGAAAUAAUUCAAAGUACCCUAUUAGGGGAAAAGUUUGAGAAACAUUCAGGGUCACCUGAAAAAAUAGUGGGAUAUAAGAGAAUCAUUCAAAGUACAGUGAGCAAAAUUAGCCAAAAUAACAUUAGAGAAAGUGCUUUUAAAGAAGCCAACUCAGGCAGUAUUAAUGAAGUAGGCGCUAGUACUAAUGAAGUAGGCUCCAGUAUUAAUGAGGUAGGUUCCAGUGGUGAAAACAUUCAAACAGAACUAGGUAGAAACAGAGGACCCAAAUUAAAUGCUGUGCUUAGAUUAAGUCUUAUGCAACCUGAAGCCUAUAAACAAAAUCUUUCUCUAAUUAAUUGUAAAUACCCUGAAAUAAAAAGACAAGGAGAAGAUGAAGUAGUUCAAGUUGUUAAUACAGAUUUCUCUCCAUGUCUAAUUUCAGAUAAUUUAGAACAACCUAUGAGAAUUAGUCCUGUCACUCAGGUUUGUUCUGAGACUCCAGAUGACCUGUUAGAUGAUGAUGAUGAUGAAAUAAAGGAAAAUACCAGCUUUAUUGAAGGUGGCAUUAAGGAAAAAUCUGCUGUUUUUAGUAAGAAUGUCCAGAGGGGAGAAUUUAGCAGGAGCCCAAGCCCUUUAGCCCAUACAUCUUUGGCUCAGAGUCACCAAAAGGGGGCCAGGAAAUUAGAGUCCUCAGAAGAGAACACCUGUAGUGAGGAUGAAGAACUUCCCUCCUUCCAACACUUACUAUUUGGUAAAGUAACCAAAACACCUCAGUCUACCAAAUUCAGCACUGUUGUGACAGACUGUCUGUCUAAGAAAACAGAGGAGAACCUGGUAUCAUUUAGGACUGGUGUAAAUGACUGUAAUAAUGAGGUGAUACUCGAAAAGGCCUCCCAGGAACAUGACUUUAGUGAGGAAGCGAAAUACUCUGGUAGCUUGUUUUCUUCCCAGUGCAGUGUAUUAGAAGACUUGACAACAAAUACAAACUCCCAGGACCCCUUCUUGAUGUUUGAUCCUCCUUCCAAACAAAUGAAACAUCAGUCUGAAAACCAGGAAGUUGUGCUGAGUGACAACAAAUUGGUUUCAAAUGAUGAAGAAAGGGAAACUGGCCUAGAAGAAGAUAAUCACCAAGAAGAGCAGAGUGUGGAUUCAGACUUAGGUGAAGCAGCAUCUGGCUAUGAAAGUGAAACAGUCCUCUCUGAAGAUUGCUCAGGGGUGUCUUCGCAGAGUGAUAUUUUAACCACUCAGCAGAGGGAUACCAUGCAAGAUAACCUGAUAAAGCUCCAGCAGGAAAUGGCUCAACUGGAAGCAGUGCUAGAACAGCAUGGGAGCCAGUCUUCUGACAACUCCCCUUCCCUGGUAGCUGACUCUUGUGCCCCUGAGGACCUGCCAGAUCUGGAACAAAACCUAUCAGGUGAAGUGUUAACGUCACAGAAAAGUAAUGAAUAUCCUGUAAGUCUGAAUCCUAAAAAGCUUUCUCCUGACAAGUUCUGGAUAUCUCCAAAUAGAUCCAUUAGUAAAAACAAAGAAUUGGAAAUAAAAAGGUCUUCUCCCACUUCUAAAGCCCAGUUGGUAGAUAAUAGGUGGUCUGCUCAUAGUCACACUACGAGUCUUCAAAACAGAAACUGUCCCUCUCAAGAGGAUCUCAUUAAGAUUGUUGAUGUGGAAGAGCAAGAACUGAAAAAGUCUGAGCCACCUGAUUUAAUGGAACAGUCUUACUUGCCAAGGCAAGAUCUAGAGGGAACCCCUUACCUGGAAUCUGGAAUCAGCCUCUUCUCUAAGGACCCUGAUUCUGAUCCCCCUAAAGACAAAGCCCCAGAGGCAGUUCAUGUUUGCAAUGUACCAGCUUCAUCCUCUGCAUUGAAAUUAUCCCAGUUUCAAGUUGGACAAUCUGCCAACAGUCCAGCUGUUGCUCACACUACUUGUACUGCUGGGUAUAACGCACGGGAAGAAAGUAUGAGCAGGGAGAAGCCAGAAUUCACAUCUCCAACAGAAAGGACCAAGCAGAGAAUAUCCAUGGUGGUAUCUGGCUUGACCCCCAAAGAACUUAUGCUUGUACACAAGUUUGCCAAAAAACACCAUAUCAUUUUAAGUAAUCUAAUUACUGAAGAGACUACUCACGUCGUUAUGAAAACAGAUGCUGAGUUUGUGUGUGAACGGACACUGAAAUAUUUUCUCGGAAUUGCAGGAGGAAAAUGGGUAGUUAGCUAUUUCUGGGUGACCCAGUCUAUUAAAGAAAGAAAGAUCCUAGAUGAGCAUGAUUUUGAAGUCAGAGGAGAUGUAGUCAAUGGAAGAAACCACCAAGGUCCAAAGCGAGCAAGAGAAUCCCAGGGCAGAAAGAUCUUCAGGGGCCUAAAAAUCUGUUGCUAUGGGCCUUUUACCAACAUGCCCACAGAUCAACUGGAAUGGAUGGUGCAACUGUGUGGAGCUUCUGUGGUAAAGGAAAUUUCGUCACUCACCCUUGACACGGGUGCUCAGCCAAUUGUGGUUAUACAACCAGAUGCCUGGACAGAAGACAAUGGCUUCCAUGCAAUUGAACAGAUGUGUAAGGCACCUGUGGUGACCAGAGAGUGGGUGUUGGACAGUGUAGCCCUCUACCAAUGCCAGGAGCUGGACACCUACCUGAUACCACAGAUCUCACCCAGCCACUGCUGACUGCAGCCAACCAUGUGUCUAGAACCACAGGACCUCAAAGAUGAGCUUAAAAAAUGGCCUUUCCAGCUGGGUGUGGUGGCACACGUCUAUAAUC